AUGAUGCUGCCUCUUGGAAACCAGCGCCACGCCAGGGGUCACAGCAAACGCAGCGCCCAAGGCAGCCACAUCACCGCCCUGACCAGGGAGCAGUCCCUGACACCCAGAGAAAGAGCCAAAAUCGUGUGCCAGGAAGACACUGCCUGUACCACUGGCAGCAGCAGAAGCCCCGAGGGCACGUCUAGUGAAAGGGGACAGGGGUUUGUUGGAUUUGGGGGGGGGCUACGCUCACCCACAGAGCCCAGCAAGACAUCCAGGAAGGUGAGCCCUGCAGCCAGCACCGGGAGAAAAGGCUGGGACUUAAUUCCCAGUGCCACCCUCCGCCUCAGCGCAGUCACGAAGGGGCUGCUAACACCUCUCCGCUCUGCUGCAGGGUCAUGGUUCUCUCCUCUCUUCAUUGCUGUGAUCACUCUGGGACUGCAGUGGCCGCAGGAAGCCGCCACCUUCCCGGCCAUGCCCCUUUCCAACCUGUUUGCCAACGCGGUACUGAGGGCUCAGCAUCUUCACCUCCUGGCUGCUGAGACAUACAAAGAGUUCGAACGCACCUAUAUUCCAGAGGACCAAAGGCACGCCAACAAAAAUUCCCAGGCAGCGUUUUGUUACUCAGAAACCAUCCCUGCUCCCACGGGGAAGGAUGAUGCCCAGCAGAAAUCGGACAUAGAGCUUCUUCGGUUUUCACUGGUUCUCAUCCAGUCCUGGCUGACCCCAGUGCAAUACCUAAGCAAGGUGUUCACAAACAAUCUGGUUUUUGGCACCUCAGAUAGAGUGUAUGAAAAACUAAAGGACUUGGAAGAGGGGAUCCAAGCUCUGAUGAGGGAGCUGGAGGACAGGGGUCCGCGGGGUCCCCAGCUGCUCAAACCCACCUACGACAAAUUCGACAUCCACCUGCGCACGGAGGAUGCCCUGCUGAAGAACUACAGCCUGCUCUCCUGCUUCAAGAAGGACCUGCACAAGGUGGAGACCUACCUGAAGGUGAUGAAGUGCCGGCGCUACGGCGAGGGGAACUGCACCGUGUGACAAUGUCCACCCUGGCCCCUGGCCGCCCACCGCUGCCCCGCUCCUGGGGAGGAAAACCCAAGAAUA